AUGGAAAUUCGAACGAGAAAAGUGAUCCACAGAUGCUUGUUCAGCGACGGAAGGGGGACUUGCGACCGCGCUCGAGUGUAUGAUCGCGGCGAAUUCUACCACGCUAGACAGGCCCAGCAGGGAGGUCCCAGAAGAAUGGCUUCUCCGAGGAUCAGCACCAUCGCGCCCAGGAACCUCAGUGAGACAAGGUGGCAGGAGACACAUAGACAUCCUUCGCCGACGGGGAGAUCAUCACAAGCUCGAAGCCGGUCAUUUUUGUUCCGAAUCCCGAUUUUCAGAAGGUCUUCCGAGGCAAGUGACAGAGAGACGUUGUACGAGCGCCGCGGCCGUCAGAGAUCGCCUCGUCCCGUUGUUGUUGGCUUCCCAGAGGUCGAGGAGCGGACACCGCGCAACGAGCGGCCAGAUUCGGUCCGAAUUCGAUGCAUUUCACCACGGGCAGGAAGAUCUCCGACCACGACCGACAGGGAGCAAGCAAAUGACGCUGUUGAAAUACCUCGCCAGGCUCAAUCACGACAACCAUCACGAGAGCAACGACCUCCCCGGGAACGCACACCUGUUCCUGAACGUGAGCCAGUGCAACGGAGACCACGCCGAGGUCUAAACUGUGUAGUUGACAUUCACAAUGACGCGGCUGCAUCGCAAGACAGAGAGCGCCGGAGUGUAGAACCUCGGCAAGUUCGUUUCUCCAGCGAUGUGGAAUAUGAAAUGAACGUAAACAGCAUCAGGGCGCGUAACCGUUCUGCUGCAUUCCAUCAAGGAGAAUCUAUCGACGCAAGAGCGCCAACUCACCGAGCCUAUCCACGCAGCAACGGGUUUGCAACAGACGCCGAUAACACGAGCAACGGGGUGAGCCAUUCGAGAGUUAGCAGUCCACAUCCACGAGUUCACUCUCCCUAUCCCGGAAGGGUGAGGCAGCGGCAUCAGGAGACUAACCGUCACCGUCCGCGAAUCAUCCAAGACGGUACACGUAUCAUCUCAGAAGCAGGCGAGCGCAUUUUAGCAGAGGGCCGGGAACGCCACCAACGCGGGAAUCCAAUGCGUGAUGUCGACUUGCGCACUCAUCGAAGAGCAUCUAACGGUAGAUGUGGUCGUUUGCGAUUCUUCCAUUCGGGCGAGGAAAACAAAGAUGAUCAGCGUCAUAACGAGCGCUGGUUCUGA